AUUCAUGAUACCAUGAAUUUAGAUCAAUGUUGACGCGUAUUUUUAUCAAUUUCUGCGUUAUUCGGUCGUGAUAUAGACUAUUUUUGAUGCAACGAUGCUUCUAAUUAGUUACAAAAAUGUAGCAAAAACUCAAUUACAUGGAUGAGUUGCUCUUAACGUGUUCAAUAUACCUAGGGUAUCGGCUGCUCUUGUACAUAACAUCAUACAUCACAUUUAAGGCGUUUACCCUUACCGAAAUUAUGUAUUACCUACGAAUCAACUAACCUAUUAUACAUUUGAAAUAUGUCAAAACUGAAUGCGGUUUCAUAUACAGCUAUUGAAAGCUUAAGAUACGAAAAACUUUGGGUGACCCGGCGGUAGAUGCGAAAGCGGCUUCGGUCUUCACACGGCAAGACCAGGGUUCAAGUCCCACUUAUGUAAGGUGAGGACUAACUAUCCCACUAUUGCGGUAUCAAUAAGUCUACUAAGCCAGAAAUGGCAUGCAUGAUCUUAGAGGUCGUAAGGCCAAGAAAGAAGAAGAUACAAAGAACUUCAACCCUUAAACAUGGCAGGUUAGCUGAUGAAAAGUUUUCUUAUUCUUGUUGAAAGAUCUUUCCCUGAUUGAUUCUGAUCUUUCAUUCGAAUUACUCUUCUGAGUCUGGCUAAUCAAGCUUCGCCUGCGUCUGUUUUUAACAGGCUGUCCAUGUUUGAUUAGCUCACAAAAUACAAUAAGUGAAACAUGUUAGCAUUUUACUAAUCAUAACACAAAAUUCCACUAAAAGUUUAUCUUUUCUUUAAAUAUAUUUACUUUGAAAAAACAUGAUAGCCAAUCAAUCUUAAAAAUCGUAUCUAAAUUGAUGUUGUUUUUUUUUAUAGAGUCCUCAACCUACCGAAUGCAAAUUAAUUAGAAAGUAAAUUAACCACCACAAGCAAUCAAGCUAGCGAUUGUCAGCGAUCAAGACAGAAAACGGUCACUGAACCACUAUGAUGUAUUUUUCAUAUCAGCUGCUCGAUUCUUCCACCGAUACUAAUCCCAACCUAGGGUUCCUUUCAUUUUUAAGAUCUUAUAAAUUGAGGUUCGUCGCUUACCAGGCGGUUCAGUUCUUCAAUAACCUUAGGAAAAGUGCGUUGUAAAAUGUUUACCGUGAUAUCAGGUGUCUUUCCACAAUCAACAUAAGUGUUUUUCGCUUCAGACUGACGGUUGACAAGUGUUCAGUGUGUUAUUGGGUGUAAUAACUGCAUAAUUAUGCCGGUCCAGUUAAUGCUCGUGUACAUUACCGUCUGUUUGGCGUUAACCAUUUGGUUGUGUUUACGAUGGAAGCGACGGAAGCUGUAUGCCGCGGCGGCAACCAUGGACGGACCACCGUGCCUGCCGUUUCUUGGCCAUGCUUACCUUAUCUUUGGCAAAAGAACUGGAGAAUAUAUUAUUCAAGUAUUCGACAGAUACGCUCCAAAAUAUAAGUCUCCAAUCGCCAUCUGGAUGGGGCCUAAACUUAUCGUCGCUUUCAAGGAUAAUCCCGAUUACUUUCAAACGGUUAUGAAUUCUCCCCAUCUGCUUAACAAAAUGGAUCAAUAUAACUUUUUUCGUGCUGAAAAUGGUCUACUGACCGCACCAGAAAACGUCUGGAAAACAGAGAGGAAGCUACUAAACCGAUCGUUCAGCCCGUUGAUGCUAUCCAGCUUUGUCGACAAAUUCAAUGAGAAAGACUUCACCUUGGUGGAAAACCUUCGUAAAUUCGUCGGAAAGGGUGAAGUUAAUGUACAAAUAUACAUUGCCAAAUGCACAAUAGAUGCGUUAUUUGGUAAGUUUUGCUUAGAUAAACGUUGGAGAAAAAACCUAUCUAUAACAUGCCUAUCCACAGGUAAUGCGUUUGGUAAGGAUCUCAAUACUCAAGGGCACGAUGGUGCCGAUGAGUAUCUGCGUUGCUUGGACACAUUUCUGUCGCUGGUUUUUAAGCGUGUGCUGCACGUCGAACGCUAUCUGGAGGGCAUCUAUCGUCUAACGACAGAUUACCAAAUCGAAACGAACUGUGUAAACAUCAUAAGAAACAUGUCACUGGAUCUGAUGAAAGAGGUGAAAGAAAAUUCGAAAGAUUCUCGAAGCGUCACGGAGCAGGAAGCAGCGUACGAAGGCAAACCGGCACUUAAUUUCGCCGAUAGUCUUUCGAAAUUGGCAAAACACAAUCCAUCGCUGACUGAGGAUCACAUCAAGGACCACAUCGAUACGAUGAUCAUGGCUGGCCACGACACCACUGCUACGACCAUUUCGAACAUGUUGCUUAUGCUUGCCAUGCAUCCGGAAGUGCAGGAGUUGGUUUAUCAGGAGGUGAUGUGUGUGUGCCCAGACAGCUCGAGCCCAGUAACGACGGAAGAGGCAAACAGUCUGGUGUACACUGAGAUGGUGUGCAAAGAAACGAUGCGAUUGUUUCCAGUAGCUCCGGUGAUUGGUAGAAAGUGUGUUGCCGAUGUAAAGUUGGAUGAUAAACACACUAUCCCUGCUGGGUGCUGUGUAGCGUUGGGCAUCUACCAGAUACAUCGUGACCCUUCCAUCUGGGGACUUGAAGCAGAUAAGUUCAAUCCCGAUCACUUUCUUCCCGAAAGAGUAGCAGAACGACACCCGUACGCCUAUCUUCCUUUUAGCGGAGGACCAAGGAACUGCAUUGGCAUUCGGUACGCCUGGUUGUCCAUGAAGAUCAUGAUAGCCCACCUUGUACGCAACUAUCGCUUCAAAACAUCACUCAAAAUGGAGGAUCUCGUCUUAAAAUUCGCAAUCGUGCUUAGAAUUACGAACGGGUGUCUACUAACGAUUGAGGAUCGGUAGACUAAUGUUAAUCUAUCUAGCUCAGUUAUUCACGUAUUUUGUAAGUAAUUAUUGUUGUUAAUGAUAU